AUGGAGGAACCUAGACUGAGAACAAGGUUGGAAGUUACCAUCGCCCUAGAACCUGCUUCUCUGCAAAGGUCUGACCAGGUGCUCAAUCCGGCUUCUCCGCUGAGUGCUGAGGAAGUUUUAGUGGAGCUCGGGGACUGGGACGAUUGCCCUGCCAACACUCCUACCACUUUGAUAUCCCCUGAAUUCCCACCCAACCUCUCUCUCCCACCUCCUCAGACAGCUGCUUCAUCCAACCCUGUGGAUCCCCAGUCUCCGCCUCCAGCCUCUGCACCCCCUGCUCCACCUCGGCCUCUUGACACUUUGGCUUCACCUUGGCUAAUCCUUCCCUCAGCUCCACCGGAAACCAUAGGUCACACGGCUUAUCCAGGGUCCCUCAUCUGUUUGGUACUGCCUUGGUCAGUCAUCGACCUGGCUGUACCUGCAGCUCAGGCUGCCUUUGUCCUCGGUCCCACCAGCUCAGCCUUUGUCCUCAUGAUUUCCGUUUCCUCCUCAAUCUCCAACAUUGGUGGCUACAUAAUUUUCAGUCAUCACCAGGGUGUCUUCUACCACCAAGUCGUCAGCUAUUCCAUGGCUCCUCUCACCAUUGACAUCCUGGCUGGCCUCUUAUUAGUGUCCUCUGUUGAAUACUCUGGAAAGCGUCUGGCCGAGUCAGAUAGGCAGUUGUACAAGACACAGAACCUGGCAGCCUCCAAAAUGAGGAAUGAGCCGGUGAACCUGUCUAACAUGCCCAAGGAGUACGUCAACCUGAAGGAAGUGUUCACCACUCCUCUGUCUGCUUUGACCUCCACCAGAACGUCGUUCAGGUGGUUCACUGUAGCUGAAACUGCAUUUGCCAACCUCAAGAGCUGCUUUGUUUCAGCUCAUAUUCUCAUAGCCACUGAUCCUACAGCUCUUUCAAUGGCAACCAUCACCAGCUUCACCACACUGUGUUCUAUAACCGCACAUUGA